CUGACAGUAGAGUAAGCCACUAUACACAGUCAAGGAAAAAAACCAAUACCGUGAUACCUCCAGAAUCUUAAAAAUUACCGUGAUACACAUUUCUGGUCGCCCAGCACUACCUUUUAGUGUGAAGUCUAAAUCUGUCUGAUUGUUCUUGUCCCUCCAGAGCGCUCCAUAAGGUGGCGUGUAUUGGAAAGAGAGCGCUGGGCUUCGCCAUCGCCAUAAGGAUGGCCGCACUCAACAGCCUGGACCUCAAAGAUGCUGAUGGAAUGACCGCCCUCCUCCAUGCAGCAAAGCACAACCACCACCUGAUGGUGGCGGACCUGAUCCUUUUGGGGGCCAACGUCAACGAGACGAACACCUCGGGGAAGACCUGCCUCCACCUCAGUGCUGAGAGAGGCUACAUCCGAGUCCUGGAGGUUCUGAAAAACAAGAUGAUGGAGGGUGUGUAUAUUGACGUUGAAGCCACUGAUAACUCUGGAAUUUGUGUCCUCCAGUGUGCUUCUUUGGCUCUGAAAGCCACCGUACGUAAGCUGGAAAGCAGUAAAUUCCCAAAUCAGACCAGACUCUACACGCUCCGCCAAGAGCAGAUAAUGGAGACCCUGGAGUGUCUGCUGCAGAUGGGCAGCUACCUUCAUACCAUGACAGUGUAUGCAACCUAGAUCUGGUUGACCCCCCCCCCAGCACUUCGGCCCGGCAGGGCUUCUUGGAGACCCGACAGUAAUGUUCUGAGUUGGUUCAGGCUUGAAUUCGAAUGGAGAGAGACCAUAGUUAUUAUAGUCUCCUUUUCUCUCUGAGCUCGUGUUCUGACCUGUUUAUGUAAAGCAUCUGAGGUUUUGUGUUUGGUAUAAAUACCUGACUUGCAAUCAGCUAUUUAUUUGAAACCUGCACAGAAACCUUAGAUGCCCAUUAGAUGGUUUCUGUGAAACUUCCAUUGUUUGUUACAUUUGAGUAAUAAGUUGUCCUCAGUAAGUAUGUCCGUGGAGAUCAAGAUGUUAAAAUCCUAUGAGAAUAUAUUUAGCUACGCUAUGGGUUUUUUUGUGCCAGUCUUUAGGGUCCAGUAGGGUUUUUUUAAAAGCCUGUUCCCAAAAUACAAAACAAAUCCAGUGGGAAGGGAAAGUGACCUAAAACGUAGUUUCAGGUUAUAUUGUAAUAUUACAACAGUAGUGCUACAGUUUUAAGUUCACCACUGUUUAAAGUAUAUUCCAAAAUUGUCAUUCCAAGUAUGUAUGAAGAACCGGUUGAUUGAUAUGUGGUAAUGAUUGUAAGACAUUUCCCUUCCUGCUGGGGUUCAACUUGAUUUGCAGCCAUGAAAUAUACAUGUCAGAUAUUUUAUAGGACUUUAGUACAAGAUGACAUUGAGUAUUUUAGUGAGUAUUUUACGGUGUUGGGGAGUGAAUACAGUUUCAUUUGACACAGUGUUUAGCCUGUGAUGUGCAGGGAGCUUUGGUUUCUCUCUUAGCACAUUCUCAAGCUUUUGUUUUAUACAACAAGAAGAUCUGUGUUGAAAUUAAUUGGAAUUAAUAGAUAUUAGAGAGGGAAUUAUGACCUGAUUAGUUUGUUUAUUUUUAACACACUGGUAUAAAAUCAGUCCUCUGUAUCAGCUGAUGCACAGGUUCUGAUAUCGGUAUUGGGAAGUAAAAAAAUAUUAUGGGAACAUCUCUAGUAUUUCUAGAUCUGAU